GUACUGCAGUUGAUUCUCGCAACCGAUUGGCUGACUGUCUCUGUUGUCAAACUCCAUUGGCUAGAGGCACACACGCCUGUCAUCAGUCUGAACAAGAAAACAAACGACAAGGUUUUUCCAUGUGUGAGUGAUUAAGCCAACAGUAAGCAUGCUGACCGCACAGAGGGCAUGUGCAGCAAUGGCUGCCCGGCACCUGGUUAGAACUUCAGUCUCCUCAUCCCUCACACACUGCUCUCUGAUCCAUACUUCAGUACCCUGUCAGGACCGUGCUGAGCUGCAUUCUGAAUGGGCCGGUCUGGCUAAGAAACAGCUGAAGGGGAAGAACCCAGAAGAUCUGAUCUGGCACACUCCCGAGGGGAUUAACAUCAAGCCCGUGUACACCAAAGCAGACUCAAAAGAUGUUGUUGAUGAGUUGCCAGGAGUGUUUCCUUACACUAGAGGGCCCUAUCCCACCAUGUACACAUACAGACCUUGGACUAUCAGGCAGUAUGCUGGAUUCAGCACUGUUGAGGAGAGCAAUAAGUUCUAUAAAGACAACAUAAAGGCUGGUCAGCAGGGUCUUUCUGUGGCCUUUGACCUCCCGACACACCGUGGUUAUGACUCGGACAACCCCAGGGUCCACGGAGAUGUGGGCAUGGCUGGAGUGGCUAUAGAUACAGUUGAGGACAUGAAGUUGCUCUUUGAUGGAAUCCCAUUGGAGAAGAUGUCUGUUUCAAUGACUAUGAAUGGAGCAGUUAUCCCUGUGUUGGCAAUGUUUAUUGUCACCGGAGAGGAGCAGGGCGUUCCAAAAGAGAAACUAACUGGCACGAUUCAAAAUGAUAUUUUGAAGGAAUUUAUGGUGCGCAACACCUAUAUUUUCCCCCCGGAACCUUCCAUGCACGCCAUUGCAGACAUCUUUGCAUAUACCUCUAAGCACAUGCCUAAGUUCAACUCCAUAUCCAUCAGUGGCUACCAUCUUCAGGAGGCUGGCGCUGAUGCCAUCUUGGAAGUAGCCUACACCAUUGCUAACGGCCUGGAGUACUGCCGCACUGGACUGAAAGCAGGUUUAACCAUAGAUGAAUUUGCUCCAAGGCUGUCGUUCUUCUGGGGCAUCGGGAUGAAUUUCUACAUGGAAAUUGCCAAGCUGAGGGCAGCCAGGAGGUUAUGGGCUACGCUCAUUAAAGAAAAUUUCCAGCCCAAGAAUGCCAAGUCUCUCCUCCUGCGCACACACUGCCAGACCUCAGGCUGGUCUCUCACUGAACAAGAUCCAUACAACAAUGUGAUCCGCACGGUGAUUGAAGCCAUGGCCGCUGUGUUUGGGGGGACCCAGUCGCUGCACACCAACUCUUUCGAUGAAGCUCUGGGCUUGCCCACCGUGAAAAGCGCUCGCAUCGCCAGGAACACUCAGAUCAUCAUCCAGGAGGAGUCGGGCAUCCCCAAAGUUGCAGAUCCUUGGGGAGGCUCGCACAUGAUGGAGGCUCUUACAGAUGAUGUCUAUAACACUGCUUUGAAGUUUAUUAAAGACAUCGAAGAGAUGGGAGGCAUGGCCAAAGCUGUAGCCGAGGGAAUUCCAAAGCUCCGUAUUGAAGAAUGUGCUGCUCGUAGACAGGCCCGCAUUGACUCAGGCUCAGAAGUUAUUGUUGGUGUGAACAAGUACCGUCUGGAGAAAGAGGAGACGGUGGAGGUCCUGGCCAUAGAUAACACUGCUGUGCGCCAGAAGCAGAUUGAAAAACUGAACAAGGUGAGGGAGAGCCGUGACCCUGAGAAAGCCAAGAAGUGUCUGGCUGCCAUUGAGGAGUGUGCCCAAACCAGGGAGGGCAACCUUUUAGCUCUGGCUGUGGAGGCAUCAAGAGCCAGAUGCUCUGUUGGUGAGAUAACCGAAGCCAUGAAGAAGGUGUUUGGUGAACACAAGGCCAGCACCAGGAUGGUGAGCGGGGCUUACCGCACUGAGUUCGGAGAGCAUGAAGAGAUCACUCUGGCCAACAACAGAGUUGCAGAGUUCAAGAGGCUUGAGGGGAGGAAUCCUCGAUUGCUGGUGGCAAAGAUGGGGCAGGAUGGUCACGACAGAGGUGCCAAAGUUAUCGCUACGGGGUUUGCAGACCUGGGCUUUGACGUAGACAUCGGACCACUGUUUCAGACCCCCCGGGAGGUGGCCCAGCAGGCGGUCGAUGCAGACGUUCACUGUGUCGGGGUCAGCACGCUGGCAGCAGGACACAAGACCCUGGUGCCAGAGCUCAUCAAGGAACUCCACAAGCUCAACAGGCCAGAUAUACUUGUCAUCUGUGGAGGUGUCAUCCCUCCCCAGGACUACGAGUUCUUGUACCAGAGUGGCGUAUGCGCCAUCUUUGGCCCAGGAACCAGGAUCCCACAGGCUGCAGUGGAGGUUAUUGACAACAUUGAAAAGAGCCUGGAAAAGAAUCGACAAGCCAUGUGAAAGCAAACUACUAAAAGUGAACUGCUUGUUCAAGCAUCUGUACAGGAUCAGUCUGACUGGUAGCACGAGGACGUAAAAGAAAAAGCAAGACUAAUUGUUACGUUUAGUUUUUUGUGUGUUCAUUAACAGCACUCAAAAUGAACAAUGUAACGUCAGACAAACCUCCUCAGUAGGAUUUGAAUGAUGUUUGUUAAUGAUUUCAUCCUUUGCAUCAUACCUGUGUGUGAUUUGUAUUGAUUUCUUAAUCAGUUUGAUUAUAUUACAUCUGAAAUUUCAGAAAAUUCCAGAGUGUAAAAGAAAGCACUUAUCAUACACUGCAUUAUUCCAAUCAGGAUUAUGAUGUGACAGAAAUUUGCCUCUUUUUUUUUUUUUAACAAUCCAAGAUAAAACACUUGGAAACACCACAAACCUGCUUUGAAUGUAUUUUUUGAAAUGUCUCCGUGUAAUUUAAUAACUUAGCAGAGUGUGAUUAGUGCCAGUGUGGUGGACAUGGAUCAAAACAAUCCGCUUAUGAAACUUUAUCCCUGCCUCUUAUUUUCAUGGAUAUGAUUGUCGUGUAAGUGGCCUUCUGUCGCUCUGAUCUCGACUCUUUGCAUCAAUCAUAAAUUUGUUCCGAGGAUAAAACCCCGUCACAGCAGUCAGAGUUUAUGAAACUGUUAGAGAAUAGUAUUUUUCUGAUUGUGACUCUGAAUUCAGUUUACUGGUCUUUAGUCAAAAUAAAUACUGUGAACUUUGGAAAUGUAUAAGCUGAAGCACGUACUUGUUGUAAAAGGACAAAAGAUGACAAUUUAAGUGAAGUGACAUAGUUGCAGGUGCAUAAUGGGCUGGUCUGAGUAUCUUAGGAACUACUGAUUUACUGGGAUUUCCACACACAACCAUCUGUAGACUUUAUAGAGAAUGAUCUGAAAAAGAGAAAAAUAUCCAGUGAGCAACAGCAGAGUUAAAAGGCCUUGGUGAUGUCAGAGCUUAGAGGAAAGUGGCCUGCUUGAGCUGAUAAGAAGGUAACAAAUAAGAAGUAACUUAUAUGAACUCUUGUUACAACCAAGGUAGGCAGAAGAGCUUCUCUAAAUGCACAGUGCAGAGUAGGGUUUGCAUGGGCUCAUCAAAAUUGAUGAAGAUUGAGACUCAUCAGACAUGGAAGAAUUUUUAUAAUUUCUGCCCUGACAUUUGAUUGGGAGGGUCAGAAUCUGAUUGGGAGGGUCAGAAUCUGGCAUAAACAUGAAAGCAGGACUCCGUCCUUCCUGGAUGCAGACUCCUGGUGGUGGUUUGAUGGUUUGGGAGACAUUUUUGGGCAGCUCUUUGUACCAAGUGAACAUUGACAUCACAGCCUGAGUAUUUUUGUUUUGAACGUCCAUUCCUUCAUGACCACCGUGCAACCAUUUAUUAAUGUCACUUAAGCUCAGAUCGUUGGAAACUGGUUUCUUAACACACGCCACUUGAUGAUGAGUUCACUGUACUCAAAUGGCACAGUCACCAGAUCUCAAUCCACCUUUGGGAUUUGGUGGAGCAUAUGGUUACAUUGUAACCUUGGUUCUCUGAGUGAGAGCCUCCAGCGCUCUCCAGCUUGUGAUAGACUGGUAAUAAUGGAUAUAGAUUAUGGACUGCUUCUUACAUAGCGCCUUUCUGCUCUAUCUGAUCCCAUUCACACAAACACUUUCUGCUAUGCUUUGAGCGUUCCAUCUAACAUUCACACACAUUCAUACUCUAAUGGAUGCAUGGGAAAGCAGCUUAGUGUUAGUAUCUUGACCAAGCAUAUUUGGCAUGCAGAUCGAAAAACCAACCUUCCAAUUAGUAGAUGGCCUGCUCUACCUCCUGAGCUACAGCCACCCCACGUGAAAUUCACAUCAUGGAUGUGCAGCUGACAAAUCUGUAACAACUGUGUGAUUCUGUUGUGUCAAUAUGGAGCAAAAUCUCUGAGGAAUGUUUUCAGCAACUUGUUGAAUCUGUGCCACAAACAAUUAAGGUAAUUCUCUGUACUUAAUAAAGUGUCCAGUGGGUGUA